GAGAUAGAGCUCAGCCUGCGACACGUGUUGGGUGUGUGCCUGCCCUACUUUUUGUCAGCAUACAUUGAAGUAAACAGCAACUUAUUUGACGCUUGGGCAGUGUGAAACGUGUGGUUUCAUAUCUUACUGAGGUGAAGCUGUUAAUUUUGUGUUUAGGUUUUAAGUGACACACUUAUCGUAUCGAAAAACAAACAAGAGCGCUUCGCGGACGUAAUCUAUAUAUCACAAGUCACUGACCUUGUUAUAGGUUGAUGUACGUGUGCGUUUGUGUACAAUCUACAAUCACUGCAAGCCAAGCAAGCAUCUACGGAAACUCUCUGUAUAUCUAACCGAGACGAGCAUAAAUAUACAAAGAUGCCAGGAAAAGGAUUACUUGAACGGCUUGAAAAUGGCGGCUCUGUUCUCGUCGCGGAGGGAUACUUAUGGGAAUUUGAGAGAAGAGGCUAUAUACAACAGGGAGCACAUGUACCGGAAGUCGUCCUAGAACACCCUGAACUGGUCAAGGUGAUGCACGAGGAGUUUGUACAUGCCGGAACUGACGUGUGCGAGGCAUUCACGUAUUAUGGCAACAGGGAAAAGCUCCGAUUCAUAGGGCGGGAAGACGACCUUGAGAAACUCAACAGAAUGGCUCUGAAGAUGGCACGGGAGGUAGCAGACAAAACGGGAACUUUGAUGGCUGGAGGGAUCUGUAACACCGGCGUGUACCAACCAGACCAACCGGAGACACACGAUAAAGUCAGGGCCAUGUAUAAGGAACAAGUGGAAUGGGCCGUGGAUGAGGGAGCUGACUACAUGAUAGCUGAGACGAUAGACUCUUUAGGCGAGGCCAAACUAGCUCUGGAGACCAUUCAACAGUACGGGAAAGGUAUGCCGGCAGUGCUGACUCUCGCGUGCUAUAUCCCGGACGAGACGACAGACGAGGUGCCAAUAGUGGAGGCGUGCCGUACACUGGAGGAAUUAGGAGCGGCUGUUGUUGGCCUCAACUGUGGGCGUGGCCCAAAGACCAUGCUUCCCCUUUUGCGCGAGAUCAGAAAAGCCUGCAAGGGACCAAUAGCUGCUCUCCCCGUAACGUACAGGACACGUGAAGACUGUCGGACCUUCAUGUCCCUUAAAGACCCUGACACAGGUAAAUAUGCAUACCCGAUUAACCUGGCCUCGUGUUUGUGUAGUCGGGAGGAAAUCCGGGAGUUUGCUGAGGAAGCAAAGGCAAUCGGGGUUAAUUAUAUCGGGCUGUGUUGUGGCAAUGCACCGAACUACUUCCGGGAAUUGGCGGAAGUGUACGGGCGAACGCCGGAAGCUUGUAGAUACAGGCCAAACAUGUCAUUUAAUUACAUAUUUGGAGACACGGAAAAGACUGAGCAGUAUGAUGCGAAGAAGCUACGACAAUAUAUGGUGACAGGAAAAGAAUGAGGACUGAAUUCCGAAAGUAUUUGACGAAAGCCAGGAACGUUUAAAAUAGAGAACGAGGGUGAAUAGUAUAUUUGUGUAUGAGUCGGGUCCCAUUUUACUAUGAAAGACAACACGUACUGAUGAUUAACGAGAAUAACCUGCAGCUAGAAGUUGACACAUGCAUUUAUAUUAGGAAAAUUCUCCCUACAAAUGAAGGACAAGGCUUUUGUUUAUAUUAUAAACGAGGAUUUCACUGCAGCUUGAAAGUUGACAAUUUGUACAUAUGUUAGUGACAUUGUGAGAAGAUGAAUCGGCAGAUGUUGACAUGUCGGUAGUGGUUAUCUGUAUACAUGACAUGCAUGUUAGCGUGUGCUGUGCGAUAAACCUUAGGUGACAUUAGGUAUUCACUACCUAGACAAGAUGUAUAUGUAUAUAGGGAUUGAACUCUAAAUGUACCUCACCGUACAUAUCAUAUCGACAUGACAGGUAAAACACUACCAUUCACUCUGUAUAUUUACUUAUUAAAAAUCUGUCAUCGAAAUGAAAUCAAUGAC